GGCUGGGACACACCUACUUCAACUUUCUCAGCAGCCUCUUGUCUGGUGCGUCUUCCUGCUCCGUCUCUGCACCUCCCUCCCGAGCCUGUCAGCCGGGUGCUAGGGAAAGAGGCUCCAGUGGGGCAGCCCAGCCGGGGGUACCCUCCCCUACCUGAAGGGCACAGGUUUUGGGAGUUUUUCCACCAUGAUUAUUGCCUCGUUGGGUUUUGUCGUUUUCAUGCUCCAUUGUACAACCUGUGAGAAGCCCCUAGAAGGAAUCGCCUCGUCCUCCGCCUGGCACUUCACACACACACUUUAUAAUGCAACCAUCUAUGAAAAUUCUGCUCCCAAGACCUAUGUGGAGACGUCUGUGAAAAUGGGCAUGUACCUUGCUGAGCCCCAGUGGGCAGUGAGAUACCGCAUCAUCUCCGGAGACGUGGCCAAUGUGUUUAAAACCGAGGAGUACGUGGUAGGCAACUUCUGCUUCCUGAGAAUCAGGACGAAGAGCAGCAACACGGCCCUGCUGAACAGGGAGGUGCAAGAUAGCUACACCCUCAUCGUCCAAGCCACGGAGAAGACCUUGGAGUUAGAAGCCUUGGCCCGUGUGGUGGUCCACAUCCUGGACCAGAAUGACCUGAAGCCCCUCUUCUCCCCACCUUCCUACCGAGUCACUAUCUCCGAGGACAUGCCCCUUAAGAGCCCCAUCUGCAAGGUGACCGCCACGGAUGCUGAUCUGGGCCAGAACGCUGAGUUCUAUUAUGCCUUCAACACCAGGUCAGAGAUAUUUGCCAUCCACCCCACCAGCGGUGUGGUCACCUUGGCUGGGAAGCUUAACGUCACCUGGCGAGGGAAGUAUGACCUCCAGGUGCUCGCUGUGGACCGCAUGAGGAAAAUCUCAGAGGGCAAUGGGUUUGGCACGUUGGCUGCACUCACCGUUCAUGUGGAGCCUGCCCUCAGGAAGCCCCCGGCCAUUACCUCGGUGGUGGUGGCCCCACCAGACAGCUGUGAGGGUGCAACCUAUGCCACUGUAGUGGUAGAGGCCAACAGCUCCGGCGCUGAAAUGGACUCACUGGAAAUUGUUGAUGGUGACCCUGGAGGGUACUUCAAAGCCAUCCAGUCGUAUGCCCGGAGCAGGGAGUUCAGUUUGGUGUCCGUCAAAGACAUUAACUGGCUGGAGCACCUUCAUGGAUUCAACCUCAGCCUGCAGGCCAGGAGUGGGAGCAGGCCUUUUUAUUCCCAGGUCAGGGGCUUUCACCUACCCCCUUCCAAGCUGACCUCCCUCAAAUUUGAAAAGGCUGUUUACAGAGUGCAGCUUAGCGAGCUUUCCCCUCCUGGCAGCCGUGUGGUGAUGGUGAAAGUAACCCGAGCUCUCCCCAACCUGCAGUAUGUUCUAAAGCCAUCCUCAGAGAGUGCAGGGUUUAAACUGAAUGCUCGCACUGGGCUCAUCACCACUACAAGGCUCAUGGACUUCCAUAACCGAGCCCACUACCAGCUACAUGUCAGGACCUCCCCGGGCCUGGCCUCCACCACUGUGGUCAUUGACAUUGUGGACAGUAACAACCAUGCCCCUGUCUUCGACAGGCCUUCCUACACCGGCACCUUUGAUGAGAACAUCCCCCCAGGCACCAGUGUUUUGACUGUUACUGCCACAGACCGGGAUCAUGGAGAGAAUGGCUAUGUCACCUAUUCCAUCACUCAUCCAAGAAAUGUGCCCUUUUCUAUCGACCCUUACCUGGGGAUCAUCUUCACCUCCAAACCUAUGGACUAUGAGCUUAUGAACAGAAUUUAUGCCUUCCAGGUACGGGCAUCAGAUUGGGGAUCCCCGUUUCGCCAGGAGAAGGAAGUGUCUGUUUCUCUUCGGCUCAGUAACUUGAAUGACAACAAACCUAUGUUUGAGGAAGUCAACUGCACUGGGUCUAUCCGUGAAGACUGGCCAGUAGGAAAAUCCAUAAAGACUGUGUCAGCUAUAGAUGUGGAUGAGCUUCAGAACCUAAAGUACGAGUUUGUGGCAGGCAACGAACUAGAGUAUUUUGAUCUAAACCCUUUCUCUGGAGUGAUAUCCCUCAAACGCUCUUUUAUGAAUCAUACUACCGGUCAACCCAUCAAUUACUCCCUGAAAAUUACAGCCUCCGAUGGGAAAUACUAUGCCUCGCCCACAACUUUGAAUGUUACUGUAGUCAAGGACCCUCGUUUCGAAGUUCCUAUAACCUGUGAUAAAACAGGGGUGCUGACACAUUUCACAAAGACUAUCCUCCACUCUGUCGGGCUUCCGAACCAGGACUCCGAUGAUGAGGACUUCACUUCCCUAAGUGCAUAUCAGAUCAAUCAUCACACCCCCCAGUUUGAGGACCACUUCCCACAGUCCAUUGACAUCCUUGAGCAUGUCCCUCUCAACACCUCCCUGGCCCGCCUGGCAGCCACUGACCCUGAUGCUGGCUUUAAUGGCAAACUGGUCUAUGUGAUCGCAGAUGGCAAUGAAGAGGGCUGCUUUGACAUUGAGCUGGAGACAGGGCUGCUCACCAUAGCUGCCCCCUUGGACUAUGAAACCACCAGUUUCUACGUCCUCAAUGUAACAGUGUAUGACCUGGGAACUCCCCAGAAAUCCUCCUGGAAGUUUCUGACAGUGAAUGUAAAAGAUUGUAAUGACAACGCACCCCGAUUUCCUCCUGGUGGGUACCAGAUAACCAUCUCAGAGGACACAGAAGUUGGAACCACAAUUGCAGAGCUGAAAGCAAGUGAUGCUGACUCGGAUGACAAUGGGAGGGUUCACUACACCCUGCUAAGCCCCACAGAGAAGUUUUCCCUCCACCCCCUCACAGGGGAACUGGUUGUCACAGGGCCCCUGGACAGGGAAUCAGACCCUCGGUAUAUACUCAAGGUGGAGGCCAGAGAUCAGCCCAGGAAGGGCCACCAGCUCUUCUCUGUCACUGACCUGACCAUCACAUUGGAAGAUGUCAAUGACAACUCUCCCCAGUGUAUUACAGAACUCAGUAGCCUGAAGGUCCCAGAGGACCUCCCCCCAGGAACCAUCCUAACAUUUCUGGAUGCCUUUGAUCCUGACCUGGGCCCAGCGGGAGAAGUGCGAUAUGUCCUGGUAGAUGAUGCCCAUGAGACCUUCCAGGUGAACCCGAUGACUGGUGCACUCAGCCUGGAGAAAGAGCUGGACUUUGAGAGGCAGGCUGGGUAUAACCUGAGCCUGUGGGCCAGUGACAGUGGGAGGCCCCUGGCCCGCAGGACCCUCUGCCACGUGAAGGUGACAGUCCUGGAUGUGAAUGAGAAUCUCCACCCUCCCACCUUUGCCUCCUUUGUGCACCAAGGCCAGGUGCAGGAGAACAGCCCCCCAGGAACCCAGGUGAUGGUAGUGGCUGCCCACGAUGAUGACAAUGGCUUGGAUGGGGAGCUCCAGUACUUCUUGCGGGCUGGCACCAGUCUUACAACUUUUAGCAUCAACCAAGACACAGGACUGAUUCAGACUCUGGCGCCCCUGGACCGGGAAUUUGUGUCCUGCUACUGGCUGACGGUCCUAGCAGUAGAUCGCGGUUCCGUACCCCUCUCUGCUGUAACUGAAGUCUACAUCGAGGUUACAGAUGUCAAUGACAACCCACCCCGGAUGUCCAGACCCGUGUUCUACCCCUCCAUCCGGGAGGAUGCGCCCUUGCACACUUCUGUGCUAGAGCUGGAUGCCUGGGACCCGGACGCCAGCUCCAAAGGGAAGCUGACCUUCAACAUCACCAGUGGGAACCACAUGGGAUUCUUUGUUAUUCACCCUGUCACAGGUCUGCUGUCCACGGCCCGGCAGCUGGACCGAGAGAACAAGGAUGAGCACAUCCUGGAGGUGGCUGUGCUGGACAACGGGGAUCCGCCGCUACGGUCCACCUCCAGGGUGGUGGUGUGCGUCUUGGACGUCAACGACAACCCCCCUAUGUUCUCCCACAAGCUCUUCAAUGUCCGUCUUCCAGAGAGGCUGAGCCCGGUGACCUAUGGGCCUGCCUACAGGCUGGUGGCUUCAGACCUGGAUGAGGGUCUCAAUGGCAGGGUCACCUACAGUAUUGAGGAGAGCGACAAGGAGGGCUUCAGCAUCGACCCGGUCACGGGCGUGGUGUCAUCCAGCAGCGCCUUCACGGCCGGAGAGUACAACAUCCUAACGAUCAAGGCAACAGACAGUGGGCAGCCGCCGCUCUCGGCCAGUGUCCGGCUACACAUUGAGUGGAUUCCCCAGCCCCGGCCCUCCUCCAUCCCACUGGCCUUCGAUGAGCCUCACUACAGCUUUACAGUCAUGGAGACAGACCCCGUGAACCACAUGGUAGGGGUCAUCAGUGUGGAGGGCCGACCCGGCCUCUUCUGGUUCAGUAUCUCAGGUGGGGACAAGGACAUGGACUUCGACAUUGAGAAGACCACGGGCAGCAUCAUCAUUGCCAAGCCUCUCGAUACGAGGAGGAGGUCGAGUUAUAAUUUGACCGUGGAGGUGACCGAUGGGUCCCACACCAUUGCCACCCAGAUUGAUGAAAACGACAAUGCCCCCAUGUUCUUAAAGUCGACUUUUGUGGGCCAAGUUAGUGAAGCAGCUCCAUUGUACAGCAUGAUCAUGGAUGAAAACAACAACCCCUUUGUGAUUCGUGCCUCUGACAGUGACGGAGAAGCUAAUUCCUUGUUGGUCUAUGAAAUUUUAGAGCAAGAGGCCUUGAAGUUUGUCAAAAUUGAUCCCAGCAUGGGAACGCUAACCAUCAUAUCAGAUAUGGAUUAUGAGAGCAUGACCUCUUUGCAGUUCAGCAUCUAUGUCCAUGACCAAGGAAGCCCCAUAUUAUUUGCACCCAAGUCCGCCCAGGCCAUCAUCUAUAUCAGAGAUGUAAAUGACUCUCCUCCCAGGUUCUCAGACCAGGUAUAUGAAGUAACAAUAGUGAAGCCCAUCCAUAGGGGUAUGGAUCUACUCGAGGUGUCGGCCAGUGACGAUGACUCAGAAGUCAAUUAUAGCAUCAAAACUGGCAACGCUGAUGAAGCUGUCGCUAUCCAUCCCACCAAUGGUCGCAUAUCUGUAUUGAAUCCUUUUCUCUUGGGACACUCUCGGGAGCUCACCAUCAAGGCUUCUGAUGGCCUGUAUCAAGAUACUGCACUGGUAAAAAUUUCUUUGACACAAGCUCUUAACACAAGCUUACGGUUUGACCAGCAUGUCUACAGGGCAACAGUGAAGGAGAAUUCACAGGACAGAAAGGCACUGGUGAUUCUUGGUGUCCAGGGAAAUCAUUUGAAUGACACUCUUCACUACUUCCUCUUAAAUGGCACAGACAUGUUUUGUAUGGUCAAGUCAGCAGGCGUGUUGCAGACAAGAGGUGUGGCAUUUGACAGAGAACAGCAGGACACUCAUGAGGUGGCAGUGGAACUGAGGGACAAUCGGACCCCUCAGCGGGUGGCUCAGGCUCUGGUCAGAGUCUCUGUUGAGGACGUCAAUGACAAUCACCCUGAAUUUAAGCAUCUGCCCUAUCAUACAAUCAUCCAAGAUGGCACAGAGCCAGGGGAUGUCCUCUUUCAGGUAUCUGCCACUGACCAAGAUUUGGGAGUAAAUGCUGUUGUCACAUAUGCAUUUGCAGAAGAUUACACAUAUUUUCGAAUUGACCCCUAUCUUGGAGACAUAUCACUGAAGAAACCUUUUGAUUAUCAAGCUUUAAAUAAGUACUACCUCAAAGUCAUUGCUCGGGAUGCAGGAACCCCAUCCCUCCAGACUGAGGAAGAGGUACUUGUCAUCGUAAGAAAUAAAUCCAACCCACUGUUUCAGAGUCCUUACUACAAAAUCAGAGUGCCUGAAAAUAUCACACUCUAUACCCCAAUUCUCCACACUCAGGCCCGGAGUCCAGAGGGACUCCGGCUCAUCUACAACAUUGUGGAGGAAGAACCCUUGAUGCUGUUCACCAUUGACUUUAAGACUGGUGUCCUAACGGUAACAGGCCCUUUGGACUACGAGUCUAAGACCAAACACGUGUUCACAGUCAGAGCCACAGACACAGCUCUGGGGUCAUUUUCUGAAGCCACAGUGGAAGUCCUGGUAGAGGACGUCAAUGAUAACCCUCCCACCUUCUCGCAAUUGGUCUACACCACUUCAGUCUCAGAAGGCUUGCCUGCUCAGACCCCUGUGAUCCAACUCUUGGCUUCUGACCAGGAUUCAGGAAAGAACCGCGAUGUCUCCUAUCAGAUCGUAGAGGAUGGCUCAGAUGUUUCUGAAUUCUUCCAGAUCAAUGGGAGCACAGGGGAAAUGUCCACAGUUCGAGAGCUGGAUUAUGAAGCCCAGCAACACUUUCAUGUGAAGGUCAGGGCCAUGGAUAGAGGAGACCCCCCACUCACUGGUGAAACCCUUGUGGUUGUCGGUGUGUCUGACAUCAAUGACAACCCCCCAGAGUUCAGGCAACCUCAGUAUGAAGCCAGUGUUAGUGAGCUGGCAACCUGUGGACACCUGGUUCUCAAAGUUCAAGCUCUAGACCCCGACAACAGGGAUACCUCUCGCCUAGAGUACCUGAUUCUUUCUGGCAAUCAGGACCGGCACUUCUCCAUUAACAGCUCAUCAGGAAUCAUUUCUAUGUUGAACCUUUGCAAAAAGCAUCUGGACUCUUCUUACAAUUUAAGGGUAGGUGCUUCUGAUGGGGUCUUCCUAGCAACGGUGCCUGUGUAUAUCAACACAACAAAUGCCAACAAGUAUAGCCCAGAGUUCCAGCAGCAUGUUUACGAGGCAGAAUUAGCAGAGAAUGCGAAGGUAGGAACCAAGGUGAUUGAGUUGCUCGCCAUAGACAAAGAUAGUGGUCCCUACGGCACUGUAGAUUAUACCAUCAUCAAUAAACUAGCAGGUGAGAAGUUCUCCAUAAACCCCCGUGGCCAGAUCACCACUCUGCAGAAACUGGAUAGGGAAAAUUCAACAGAGAGAGUCAUUGCUAUCAAGGUCAUGGCUCAGGAUGGAGGAGGAAGGGUGGCCUUCUGCACUGUGAAGAUCAUCCUCACGGAUGAAAAUGACAAUGCCCCACAGUUCAAAGCCUCUGAGUACAUAGUGUCCAUUCAAUCCAAUGUCAGUAAAGACUUCCCAGUUAUCCAGGUGCUGGCCUACGACGCAGAUGAAGGUCGGAAUGCAGAUGUCACCUACUCCAUGGACUCGAUAAAGGGCUUGGAUAAAAAUAUCACUGAAAUCAACCCCACCACUGGUGUUGUGAAGGUGAAAGAGAGCCUGGUAGGACUGGAAAAUCGGGCCUUUGACUUAAAAAUCAAAGCCCAAGAUGGAGGCCCUCCUCACUGGAACUCUCUGGUGCAGCUACAGCUCUGGGUAGUUGCUAAUGAAGCAUCCUUGCCCAAAUUUUCGGAACCUCUGUAUACUUUCUCUGCAUCUGAGGACCUUCCAGAAGGGUCUGAAAUUGGUUCUGUUAAAGCAGUGGCAGCUCAAGAUCCAGUCAUCUAUAGUCUAGUGCAGGGCACCACACCGGAGAGCAACAGGGAUGGUGUCUUCUCCUUGGACCGAAACACGGGGGUUCUGAAGUUGAGAAAGGCCAUGGACUAUGAGUCCACCAAAUGGUACCAGAUUGAUUUGAUGGCGCACUGCCCCCAUAAUGACACAUACUUGGUUUCCUUGGUGUCUGUCAACAUCCAAGUGAAGGAUGUCAAUGACAACAGGCCUCUAUUUGAGGCUGAUCCGUAUAAAGCUGUCCUCACCGAGAAUAUGCCAGUGGGAACCACAGUCAUUCAAGUGACGGCCAAUGACCAGGACACUGGGAAUGAUGGCCACGUGAGCUACAGGCUGCCAGUGGACCCCGACAGCAAUAUCCAUGAGCUCUUUGCCAUUGACAGUGAGACGGGCUGGAUCACCACACUCCAGGAACUUGACUGUGAGACCCAUCAGACCUACCACUUUUAUGUGGUGGCCUAUGACCAUGGCCGGACCAUCCAGCUAUCUUCCCAGGUACUGGUUGAAGUCUCCAUUACAGAUGAGAAUGACAAUGCUCCCCAAUUUGCUUCUGAAGACUACAGAGGAUCUGUGGUUGAGAACAGUGAACCUGGUGAACCUGUGGCCACUCUUAAAACCUUUGAUGCUGAUAUCUCUGAGCAGAACAGACAGGUCACCUGUUAUAUCACAGAGGGAGACCCCUUGGGCCAAUUUGGCAUCAGCCAAGUUGAAGAUGAGUGGAGGAUUUUCUCAAGGAAGACCCUGGACCGUGAGCACAUAGCCAAAUACUUGCUCAGAAUCACAGCUUCUGAUGGCAAGUUCCAGGCUUCGGUCACUGUGGAGAUCUUUGUCCUGGACAUCAAUGAUAACAGCCCACAGUGCUCACAGCUUCUCUAUACCGGCAAAGUCAAUGAAGAUAUAUCUCCAGGACACUUCAUUUUGAAAGUUUCUGCAACAGACUUGGACUCUGAUACCAAUGCUCAGAUCACGUAUUCUCUGCAUGGUCCCGGAGCAGAUGAAUUUAAACUAGAUCCUCAUACAGGAGAGCUGACCACACUCACAGCCCUAGACCGAGAGAGGAAGGAUAUGUACAGCCUUGUUGCCAAGGCAACGGACGGAGGGGGCCAAUCCUGUCAGGCAGAUGUGACCCUCCACGUGGAGGACGUGAAUGACAACGCCCCCCGUUUCUUCCCCAGCCACUGUGCUGUGGCUGUCUUCGACAACACCACAGUUCAGACCCCCGUGGCGGUGGUAUUGGCCCGAGAUCCUGACCAAGGCACCAAUGCCCAGGUAGUGUACUCUCUGACGGACUCUGCGGAAGGCCACUUCUCCAUCGAGGCCACCACAGGCGUGAUUCGGCUGGAGAAGCCGCUGCGGAUCAGGCCGCAGGCGGCACUGCAGCUCACCGUCCGUGCCUCGGACCUGGGCACCCCAAUCCCGCUGUCCACACUGGGCACCGUCACGGUCUCUGUGGUGGGCCUGGAAGACUACCUGCCCGUGUUCCUGAACACCGAGCACAGCGUGCAGGUGCCCGAGGACGCCCCGCUUGGCACAGAGGUGCUACAGCUGGCCACCCUCACGCGCCCGGGUGCCGAGAAGACCGGCUACCGCAUGGUCAGUGGGAACGAACAGGGGAGGUUCCGCCUGGAUGCCCGCACAGGGAUCCUGUACGUCAACAGGAGCCUGGACUUUGAGACAAGCCCCAAGUACUUCCUGUCCAUCGAGUGCAGCCGGAAAGGCUCUUCCUCCAUCAGUGACAUGACCACCAUUGUGGUCAACAUCACUGAUAUCAACGAACACCGGCCCAGAUUCCCGCAGGCUCUGUACAGCACGAGGGUGUUAGAGAAUGCCGUCGUGGGUAAAGUUGUGCUCACACUGUCAGCUACUGAUGAAGAUGGACCCCUAAAUAGUGACAUCACAUACAGCCUGGUAGGAGGGAACCAGCUUGGGCACUUCUACAUUCACCCCAAGAAGGGGGAGCUGCAGGUGGCCAAGGCCCUGGAUUGGGAACAGACUUCCAGCUAUUCCCUGAGGCUCCGAGCCACAGACAGCGGGCAGCCCCCCCUGCACGAUGACACUGACAUCGCUGUCCAUGUGAUUGAUGUGAAUGAUAACCCACCGAGAUUCUUCCAGCUCAAUUACAGCACCUCUGUCCAGGAGAACGCCCCCAUCGGCAGCCAAGUCCUGCAGCUGAUCCUGAGUGACCCAGACUCCCCAGAGAAUGGCCCUCCCUACUCAUUUCAAAUCACCAAGGGGAACGAUGGCUCUGCCUUCCGAGUGACCCCAGAUGGAUGGCUGGUGACCACCAUGGGCCUGAGCAGGAGAGCCCAGGAAUGGUAUCAGCUUCAGAUUGAGGUGUCCGACAGUGGCAUCCCUCCCCUCUCAUCUUCCACGUCCGUCAGAGUCCAUGUCACAGAGCAGAGCCACUACCCACCCUCCGCCCUCCCACUGGAGGUCUUCAUCACCAUCGGGGAGGAGGAGUUCCAGGGUGGCAUGGUGGGCAAAAUCCAUGCUACAGACCGAGACCCACAGGACACGCUGACCUACAGCCUGGCAGAGGAGGGGACCCUGGGCAGGCACUUCUCAGUGGGCACAUCGGAUGGCAAGAUUAUCGCCGCCCAGGGACUGCCUCGUGGCCGCUACACAUUCAAUGUCACCGUCAGCGAUGGGACCUUCACCACCACUGCCGGGGUCCACGUCCAUGUGUGGCACGUGGGGCGGGAGGCUCUGCAGCAGAGCGUGCGGAUGGGCUUCCAUCAGCUCACCCCAGAGGAGCUGGUGAGUGACCACUGGAGGAACCUGCAGAGGUUCCUCAGCAACAAGCUGGACAUCAAACGAGCCAACAUCCACCUGGCCAGCCUUCAGCCUACAGAGGCCAUGGCUGGGGUGGAUGUGCUCCUGGUCUUUGAGGGGCAUUCCAGAACCUUCCACAAGAUGCAGGAGCUGGCCACCAUCAUCACUCACUCAGCCAAGGAGAUGGAGCACUCGGUGGGAAUUCAGAUGAGGUCAGCCAUGCCUGUGGUGCCCUGCCAUGGGCCAAGCUGCCUGGGUCAGAUCUGCCAAGAGACAGUACGGCUGGGCCCCAGGGUCGGGCCCACGUACAGCACAGCCAGGCUCAGCAUCCUGACCCCGCGGCACCACCUGGAGAGGAACUGCUCCUGCAAUGGUACGGCCGCAAGGUUCAGCGGUCAGAGCUUCGGGCGGUACAGUCUCCCAGAGGCUCAGAACUGGCACAUCCUCUUCCGUCUGAAAACACUCCAGUCACAGGCCGUUCUCCUAUUCAGCAAUGCGACAGUGUGUAUCGCCCUGAAGCUGGUCAAUGGAGUGCUCCAACUGGAAUACCGCUGCCCAGGUGGUUUCUACGGAACGCUUUCCUCCCGGCUUCACGUGGAUGACCAAGAGUGGCACUCCAUUCUGCUGAAGGAGACGGACACUUCCCUUCUCCUGUUGGUUGACAGCGCAGGCAACGGCUCCCUGGUGCUCCCAGAGACCUGCCAGGGUUUGAGGCCUGAAAGAGACCUCUUUCUGGGUGGCCUUGUCCUCUCGCAUUCUCCCCCAAAUGUCUCCCAGGGCUUCGAAGGUUGCUUGGAUGCCAUCACAAUCAACGGAGAGGCCCUGGAGCUGCUGGCCCAUGGCAGGAAGGCGGCAGGCUUGCUGGAGAGGCAGGCCCUCACCCAGUGCUGCUUCCACAGUGACGAAUGCAGCCAGAACCCGUGUCUCAAUGGUGGGAAGUGUUCACAGGCCCACGGGAAAGAGGGGACGUGGAUCAGGCAAUAUAGUAACUCGGCCCUCUGCCUACAUCUCUGUCUCUGCAGGUGUGAAAUGGAAGCAAGGGGCUGCUCAGAAGGACACUGCCUCAUCACCCCUGAGAUCAAAAAGGGCGACUGGGGGCAGCAGGAGAUCCUGAUCAUCAUCGUGGUCCUACUUUUCACCAUCGUCAGCAUUGUAGGGCUUCUCUUCUACUGCCGCCGUUGCAAGUCUCACAAGCCCGUGGCCAUGGAAGACCCGGACCUCUUGGCCAGGAGUGUUGGUGUUGACACUCAAGCUAUGCCUGCCAUUGAACUCAACCCCCUGAGCACCAGCUCCUGCAAUAAUCUGAACCAACUGGAGCCUAGCAAGACCUCAGUUCCGAAUGAACUCGUCACUUUUGGACCCAGCUCGAAGCAGCAGCCAGUGGUCUGCAGUGUACCUCCCAGACUCCCUCCGGCUGCGGUUCCUUCCCGCUCUGACAAUGAGUCCAUCAUUAAGAGGACCUGGUCAGGCGAGGAGAUGGUGUACCCAGGUAGAGUCACUGUCUGGCCCCCGACUUACUCCAGGAAGGAACGCUGGGAAUACCCCCACUCUGAAGUGACCCAGGGCCCUCUGCCGUCCUCACCUCACCACCAUCAGACCCCAGCUGUGAUGCCGGAACCCAAUGGCCUCUACGAGGGGUUCCCCUUCCCACUGCAGCUGGAGAACAAGCGGGCGCCCCUCCCACCCCGUUAUAGCAACCAGAACCUGGAAGAUCUGAUGCCCCCACGACCUCCCAGUCCCCGGGAGCGCCUGCUGGCCCCCUGUCUCAAUGAGUACACAGCUAUCAGCUACUACCACUCCCAGUUCCGGCAGGGCGGGGGAGGGCCCUGCCAGGCAGAGGGGGGCUACAAGGGCGUGAGUAUGCGCCUCAGCCGGGCAGGGCCGUCUUAUGCUGACUGCGAGGUGGGAGGUGGGCUUCCCACAGGCCAGGGCCAGCCCCAGGUCCCCCCCAACUAUGAGGGCUCUGACAUGGUGGAGAGUGAUUAUGGGAGCUGUGAGGAGGUCAUGUUCUAGCUGUCCUCAGAGGCAGGCAGGCGGGAGGCCAAGGACUUGGCACCUUCCUCCUGUCCAGCAGGGAGUGAGUUGAGCGUGGCUGGGAAAGUGGGAGGGAAGCCCCCAUACCCAGUCCAGGCUGCCGUACCUUGAAAUGUGCUCAUCCAGACCCCUAGCUAGUCCCUGAAGAUAGAGGGAAGCUGAGGGAGAGCUCCAGAAACAGCACUAGGGCCCCAGGCAGAAAGGGAGGCACAGAGCAGUGGCCUUGGAAAACCAGGAAAAACGGACUCCUGCUAUGGGCGAGAGGCAGCGUGUCUCAUUGAUCUGUCCUCUCUCAGUCCCCAGGGAGGCAGAGCCUGAACUACCGGGUCAGCUCUGUCAGGGCGGAUUCUUACACCUGCCCACAGCUCCAUUCUGGAGGCAGAGGCAGGUCCAUGCCUCACAGGCUACCAACACACCUGCUGGAGAGAUGAUGUCCCAGGGUCGCUGACCUGGGAAGGCCACAGGGUGUCCUAGGAGCUGAGAGGUGAGCAGCAGGCGAGCAGUUCCCAAAAGUCGCCUACGCGCCCUGCCUCAUUCGUCCAUCCACUGCAGCAUCUGCUCCAUGUUAGUCACUGUGCUAGGCAUCGGGGAUUAGAUGAUGAAUGAAGGCAACAAGGGUGCCCGAGGAGCAUCAUCACUUGGCCUCAGUCUUCUUGAGGUCCCCCUCCUCGAAUUCCGAUUCCAACCAAGCAGCUCGCUCUGCCUCUUUAAGUCACAUGACUUUCUACAAGCCAGGGCCAGCCAGCAUUCACCCAGCCCUGGGCCUUCUUUGUUUAAGAAUUCAGACCUCAUGGAACUCUGGGUUCUUCAUCCCAAGUUUCUCAAGCACUUUGGGCCAAAGGCAGGAAGGACAUGAUUCUCCGUUUUUAAAAUGCUUAGGCACUUUUCAACCUUGCUGUCUAGACGAGUUGCCCCAAAGGGGAUUUUUCUUCCCUAGACGCAAGGAGCUCAGAAUGUCCAUUCGGGGCAGGGUGGAGGCAGGGAACCAGACAGUAGUGUCCAGACUGGACACCCAGCCCUUGCCUGCCCUUCCGUCUCAGAUGCCUGCCAAUCUAAGUAUUACCUACAGUGACUCCGCCCUAUGCAUGGAGGGUCAAUGUGGGCACAUGUCUACACAUGUGGGCGCUGUGUAUAGUCUGUGUGUACACAUGUAUAGAGUGUAUGUAGCCAGGAGUGGCAGCAGCCAGAGAAUUCUGGUGGCCUCGCCACUCCCUCCCCUGCCAAUCCCUCUCUCCGGUCCAUUGCCUUUUCAUGUGUUGUUUCUGGAGACAAAAGUCAAAAGGAAGAACAACAGGGACUCUCACUCACAGGGUUGCUGCUUACAGCGAGAGGGGGCUGUGUGAGGGAGAGCAUGUUUGUGUGAGUGGUUAGUGGCUGUGCGUGCGACUGUGAGUGUGAAUGACGGGGUGCAUGGUUUCACUGGUCAUUUUUUUUUUUUAACAAUAAAGUAUCUUUUUUUACUGUUA